UGUAGAGGCUUCCACCACGUGAGCUAUCAUAACGCAGAUAAAACAUAGAUGUGCAUGCAUGCAGGGCCUACAAGAAGGUAGGGAGGUUAGUCGAUACAUCGAUCUGAAGCCUGUUGAACGAAGGAAGGGCCAGUAAAUAUCUGAUGGGCUCCUUCUUGGGUGGGUGGGGGAUCUGACAGCUUCAAGAGGAAAACAGUCACGAAGCACCUGCACGCACGUAGGUCAGCACUUCCUCAAACAUUUUCAAGAGCAACAGAAACUAGAGUGUUUUGGUAGUUAUCUCCCUUCUCGGCGCCAAAUAUUUUUUCUAAUUGCUAUGUCGUGGAGUUUAGAGAAUCAGCACGAUGGAACUGAUGAGCACAAGAUUACAGAUUCUGGGGAAUUUACAAUUGGACGGAGAGACUGUGACCUGAAUAUUGCCGAUGACAAGACAGUCAGCAGGAAACAUGCUAUUAUUACAAUAGAUCCAGCUAAGAUUCCCUAUACAAAGUCUUCUCUGACUAUUCAAGAUGUCUCAUCCUAUGGAACAUAUAUCAAUAGGAAGAAAUGCAAUCAAAAUACAGCAAUAGAAUUGAAAGAAGGGGACAAACUUAUGUUUGGUUCCCCAAAGUCAACAUUUUGGGUUCGGUUUAAUCCUUUAGUUGUCACGUCGUCUUGUUUGAAGAAUUCUGCCAAGUUAGAAUUGGACCAAGUUAUGAAAUAUUUUGAUGGCAAAGUGGCUAAUGAAUGGAGUGAUAAAUGCAACUUUUUGGUUAUGGAUUAUAUUUCAGUUACUGUGAAGGUUGUGUGUGCACUUGCUGCCCAAUGUCAGAUUGUUACCAUUGACUAUUUUAAAAGUCUAAAAACAGCUAGUGAACUGUCUCAACCGUAUAAGGGUCCUGAAGAGUUUCUUCCCAAAUUGUCUCCUAACUUUGUAAUCAAGAAUGGAACAUUUCAACCGAAUCCUUUACGGAAAACCCUUUUCAGUGGAAUUACUUUCUACUUUUUAAAAUCUUCUCAGUUGAGGAAGAUGAAGAUGGCCAUUGAACUUGCUGGUGGUCAUUCUUGUUUGUGUGCUUCUAAGCCUGUGGAUGAUUCAACUUUAGUAAAGGAUACAUCUAUUGUAAUGCAAGCUGAGCCCAGUGAAGAUGAAUGGGUUUCUCAUGUUCUGUCUCUGUUACUAAGCCACAGCAAACGUAUGAUAACCGAUGCUGAAAUUGGCCAGGCAAUUCUCUGUUGUAAUACUGAGAAGUAUUGCAAUCCUAAUGCAGCUUUAGCAAAGACAUUCAGCCAACUUCCAAGUCAGACAGUGAAGUUUCAUUCUCAGCAAACUAUUAGUACACAUACCCAAGAUUCUUUAAUGUUUCUUAACCAAUCAAAUAUACCCAAAGAAUCUGUAAAAAUGCCAAAUCCUUCUACAAAUAUCAAAGCAACAGAAUCGUCAUUUCCCAGCAGUGAUGCGCCUGAAAGUAAAAUUGUCUCUAAUAAACGGAGCCGAAGUCCAGAUAAACCAGAAAAUCCUUUUUCUGCUAAAGUGGAUGAUAAAGAACCAUCAAACAAAAAGACACGGUUAUUUGCAGAAUCUGUUCCAGAUAACACAAAUCCUGGUAGUUCUAUCAAAAGAGAACCGUCUGUACAAAUACUUGCACCAGACAGUUUGUCUCAGGCUCCACUCAUUAAACCUCAACCUAUUUUAGUGAUUGAAGAUUCUGAUCCAGAAGAUGUUUCGUCUGAAAAUGAAGAUCAGAAUUCAAAGAAUGUACCAGAAACCACUUCUGACAAAUUGAAACAAUCUAAUUUAAGCAAUACUCUUAUAGAUUCUGAAAGCACAGAAGCAGCACCAGGUACCGAAAUACUGACGCCUGUUUCUAUUAAAAAAGAAGUAGUUGAUUCUACUUAUGAACAUAAAAAACACUCAAAACCUUCCACUUUAGACUUGUUUUCAGAAGAUUCACAAUUGAAAGACAAACAAGGAAAGAUAACUGAAAAUUCAACAAAAUUCACAGAUGUUUACAUCAAACCUGGUUACCUAAAUACAAAAUUCACUACAGUGAAUACAACGGUAAAAAUAAAACAAGAAAUAAAAAAAGAGGAAGAUCUACCUAAGUCUUGUGCAGCUAUUUCAUUUACAAACCUUGUUCAUAGACAACCAAAGCCUCCACCCCCUCGGGAAAAGACUAAUUCAAAAGACGCACCACAAGGAUUUGCCUAUUAUAAAGGAGCUUUAGUGCGUAACUUCAAGAAUUUCCGGAAGAAUUCUAACAGUGGUGCUUGCUCCUUACCAAAAGUCAUUGGCGGCAGUGACCUGGCUGUUCACAACCCAACUAUAAGCAAAGAUUUAGAUGAAUGGUUCAAAGAAGCCAGUGUGAAAGAGAGUCAGGAGAAUGAAGAAAUCAGAAAAAUUGAAAAACUUUUCAAUUGGGGACCAAAUAAAAAAGGCUCCAGGAAGCGUUGAUGCCGUCCGUUGAUGCCUAUUUGCUAUUUCCAAUUAUUAGUCAUUUCAUUUCUGUUGUUCAAGAACAUCAAACUGUCUUCUAUCACCCCAUUCCUUUAUAAAUCUGAAACCUUGUGUUUUUUUUUUUUUAUGUAGGAGGAAUCAUUUGUAUUAUUUUGAAUAAUUUUCUCAUUUUAUUUUUUAUAAAAUAAAUUUUCAAGUUAAAUAAAAAAUAUUUUUUCUUUCUUUCA